CUUCAGGGUGCUGUGCUGUCCAAAUCAAUCAAGAUCAAAAUACCCGGUCAUUGUCACCAUCUGUCAAGGCCAUUGUAUUCAAAACAGAAGAAACAUGAGCUUCCCCCGGAAAUCACUCGAGAGGAAGAUGGAAGGGGCCAUUUAACAUAGAAGCUGCAGGCCGCAAGACUGGGGCCAGAGGGCUGGCAGUGGAAAACUCUGUUGGGUUGUGACCUCUCGCUGGGAAGUUCCAGGUGCUUUUUUGCUUCCUGCAAAACCAAGGACGAGAAGGAGAAGACCAUGUCCAUAGCUCUGAAGCAGGUGUUCAACAAGGACAAGACCUUCCGGCCCAAGAGGAAAUUCGAACCUGGCACCCAGAGGUUUGAGCUCCACAAACGGGCUCAGGCGUCCCUCAACUCAGGCGUGGACCUGAAGGCGGCAGUGCAGCUGCCCAGUGGGGAGGACCAGAACGACUGGGUGGCCGUGCACGUGGUGGACUUCUUCAAUCGGAUCAACCUCAUCUAUGGCACCAUCUGCGAGUUCUGCACCGAGAGGACCUGCCCUGUGAUGUCGGGGGGCCCCAAAUACGAGUAUCGGUGGCAGGAUGACCUCAAGUACAAGAAGCCGACCGCACUGCCCGCUCCCCAGUACAUGAACCUCCUGAUGGAUUGGAUUGAGGUCCAGAUCAACAACGAAGACAUCUUUCCAACAUGCGUGGGUGUCCCGUUCCCAAAGAACUUCCUGCAGAUCUGCAAGAAGAUCCUGUGCCGCCUCUUCCGGGUCUUCGUACAUGUCUACAUCCACCACUUCGACCGGGUCAUCGUGAUGGGUGCGGAGGCCCACGUCAACACCUGCUACAAGCACUUCUAUUACUUCGUCACGGAGAUGAACCUCAUCGACCGCAAGGAGCUGGAGCCCCUGAAGGAGAUGACCAGCCGGAUGUGUCACUAGCGCCCCGCCCUCCCCUGCGCAAGAAAGAGGGAAGCUGCUCGGUCCUGGAGGCCCAGGUGGGCGGCAGGAGACCUCGGCUGAGAUGGAGCUCGGACUUCCAGGAGCCGGCGAGGCGGAAACCGGGGUGACUCCUCCCGGAGAGACAUGCCCCUCACUUCCUGCGUCUUCACCCUGAGUGCUGCUAGCCUCGUCCUGUGGACCUGGCCGCCCACGGGACGCGAGAGAAGGACCCCCAGCCCAUCGUCCGCAGGAAGCCUCUGCGCCCACGCUGGGCGGAUCCGGGCUGUGAGACUGAGACACUGUGUGCUUUCCCGCCUCGGUCUUGUCCGACCUUCCUGUGCGUGUUUUCUAAGUCCCGGGUGCAUUCGGAUCUCUGGAUGCCCUGUGAGUCUGAAACAAGCCUUCUUCCCAUUAGAGUCCCUGCAAAUCCCCACCGGGCUCCUGUGGUCUGACUGUGCGCAGGGCUGUGGGGCUGGAGACCAGAGGCCCGAGCAGCAUCCACACCUUCUCCCCAACAGGCAGUGUAUCAGGGACACCCCCUGCAGGGUCUGCACACUUACCGACAGGGAAGAGCCUGGUUUCCAGGCACCCGCUCACCCUGAACCGAAUGUGUUUUAUCACCACGCCGUUCCUUGUUUCUCCCAGAAGAGAGCAAGGGGAGGGGGGGUAAAUGACCAGGGAUGGUCUGCAGAAGCCCUGAGCCAGAUUAGUGCCGUGUUUGUUCUUCACUGGGGAGGAGAGCGGGGAGUCAUGGCUGUCGCUGCUGACACCAAAUUGCGGAAAGAAACAACCAAAGUACAAUUGGCUGCUGGCGCAUGGAGCUCAGACUCCGGGUCACUGCCCGGGGACCUCCCUGGCAGGCCCUCUGAGCGUCUGGGCCCGGCCAUGCCCGCUUCCUCUCCCUGCACACUCUCCCGCCUCUGCUGUAUGACAGGAUGGCCUGAACUAAUUUCUGCCCCAAUGAUUGUGCCACGGUUGUCAAGGUAACCGUGGAGCAGCAGCAAAACACUUCCUUCCUCCACCCUGCCCAAGUUCUCCAUCUCCGUGGGGAGGAUAACCACUGUGUUAUCCGCUUCCUGCCUGUGGAAGCCCCGGGUAGUCUCCCUGCCCUGGUUCAUUCACCACCAGCCGAGGCCCCGGUGCCUGUGACUCAGUGGUAAUGACACUUCCAGUGAAUUGAAUAUGGCAAGUUUUGAAUAUGGCAAAAUGGCCCUUGGUGGAGGGAAGUAGACACGAAUGUACUAGUGCAUUUUAAUGUAGUACCGAUUAAAGGAGAACUAA